AUGGCCGCUGGAAAUUUUUGUGCAAACGAUGGAGAUAAUGAAAAGUUUCAAUCGAGGCAAUGGACCGUGGCUUCCACGAGCACCAUUUCACUCCCACUUGCCAAUUUUCAUCGACGUGGCCACCGCUUUACCGAAUCUUCUACAGCUAUCCUGUCUUGGAUACCGAGCCAAGCUUCCGGCUCCAACCUCUGUCUCCGCUUCCGGGACCGAGAUUGGGAUGGGGUUGGCGUAUUCGGCAAACGCGAAUCAUCUGAGAUUAAUUGCAUCCGACGGAGUUGGCGGUGGCUGUUACGAGUCGGGUCGGAGGUUAGGGAAGAGGAGAAGAGGAGGAAGAAGAGUAAAGGGGUCAAGAGAGAGAAAGAAGAGGAGGAGGAGGAAGGGGAUACUGACUGGGUUCAAUCACAGAUUCAUCUCACCCUCCGAAUUAUUAACCCCUUCAAAGCUUCAUUCUCUGCACCAGCCACACCCACCGAUGCCACUUUCCCAUCUCCAAACCCCAACUUGAACAAACGCAAGCGCGCUGUAUCUUUCGCUGACCCUUCCUCCUCCCACUUCUCCUCCCCCGCCGUAUCCCCAUCAACCAAACAACUCCGAACAGCGCUCAACUCUGUUGCGGUUUCAAGGAGCAUGUCCGAUGCUGGCUCAACCAUCACAUUGAGGAUAUGGUGGCUCUACACCAAGCGGCAGAGCUCUUCUGCAACUUACAGUAGAGAGUGGAGAGGGUUUCGGGUAGGGCUGGGCCCGCGCGGGGUUUCGCACCGGAAAUAUCCGCUGGUUUCCGGAUCCUGUUAUACGUUCCUCCGAUGCGUCUUCUUCUCUGUAUUCCUUUUGUCGUCGUCGUCCUCCUCCUCCUCGUUGCCUUCGACACCGGCGUUGUCGGCAUCUGGGAGUUUGACUAAGGAGGAAUGUGAAGAAGAGGAUAGUUUGUUUGGGGAUGGGGAGGAUGAGGAGCGUGCGGACUCGUUCAUGAAUCUCGCGAAACAAGGUUACGCAGCUUAUGAAGCUUCUCAAUCCGACGUCUCGAAGACCGGAGGAUCUGAAUACAAUUCUCCUGAUAAUCGUCCUCAGGGUGUUAGUCGUCCAAGCUUCAACCACGACGAAGUCGUCCAAACCGCUGAACAGCACGGAUCUGGUGACUCGGGGAUGUUCUCUCAUGCGAUGAACUAUGUGAAGAGUAACACGCAAGAACACGAAGAACCCAUCGAUGAGGAACACGUUACGAAUUCCCAUCAAGAAGCGUAUGAGAGGGGUAAUGCUGGCUCCUUGAGUGCUGGAUCCAUGGGAAGCGCUGCUGCGCUCCAGAUCUUCAAACAGUUUACCUCCGGCAGCGGAGGUGGAGGGUCCAAGAGCGAGCUGAUCAGCAUGGCGAUGGCGGAAGCUUCGAAGCUUUUCGAUCAAUCCGGGGGCGCGGCUUCGGGUUCGAAACAGGAUGCAGUGAAUGGGGCUGGGAUGAUGGUUAUGAAGAUGCUUGUUCAGAGUAAGAUGAGUUCGAUGAUGGGCGGAGGGAAUUCUGGUGGGCUUGGUGGGAUGAGUGGGAUGCUUGGUUUGGCGUCCAAAUUCAUGUAAUCUAUCUAUCCAAAUUCCAUGAACUUGGGAGUUGGAAUUGGAGUUGGAGUUGGGGACAAUGUAUGAUUUAAACAUAUAUCAAAGACAAAUGAACAAGUCAACUGUACGUUUCUUAAAUCGCUGUUGAGACUACUUGUAACUUAGGACUACUUGUGGUUCUCAAACUAUUGCUUGAAUACCCGAAAAUAUCUUUACGAUUCGAUGCGAG